UUGCAGAUUUUAGUUAGAAAGACUGUAGAAACAACUUGUUUUUAAAAUAUCUCUGACAAUACCUUUUUAUCAUGCUUUUUUCUUUUAGAAUCUCCUUUGAAAAUCUUUCCAAUUGCAGUUGAGGGUAUGAAAAAGCAACUUUGAUUAUUUGGGUUGCGUCUGAUUGCUGAGAAGGAUUUAAGAAGUGUCAAUACUCUGACUAUUUGCAGAGAUCUUAAGAAAGUUUGAUGAAGUACCCAGACAUUUGGUGCGUGUCUCAGAGAAAUUUGGGUCUGAAUUCAGGACCGAGUCAUGAUGAAUUUGUCAGGAUUCCUCUUGAGAAAAUUUUGAGAAAGGUUGUUUUGGAAAGGGCAUCAGAUUCUUUCAAUAUCUUGAGAUAAUGUCUUACUGUUCAAUGUCUUCUGUAUGCAGUGAGAGAUUUGGCUGUUUGAUAAAGUACCUUUGGCAGCUGAUGGAAAUAGUUUCUCACAGCGCUGUAGUUGUGUUUUUACAUUCUUUCUUUAGAGAUUUCUGGAGGAGACUAUAAGGAUGCAGAUAGUAACUUUAGAUAUAACAUGAUCACGACUGGUGAGCAUGCUUGCAUUGGCACAAAUGUGGGGGUUCAAUCCAUAAAGGACCUACCCUGGUGUACAUCUGACUCCUGAAAUUCAAUCAACAUUGGCAUAUUCACUGCAGCCAAAAUAGGCACAGAAGGUGCAAAAGAGUGCCAGAAAGAAUGCUGUGAUUAGAUAGGAGGGUAGAUUUCAGUUAAAUGUUCAGAAAUUCUUACUCAUUAUAUGAACAGUUUAGCAGUGUUAUAGGCUAAUGGGAAUGUUGUAGGAUCUCUUGGGGGAUGCUUCUUAGAAUAUAUGAUAUACUACUUUGGGGCUGGGUGUAAAAUUUUCCAAUUCUUCCAGCUCUAUUGUUUGUUUUCUCUAGACAGACUGUAGUAUUUGAACAGAGAUAGAAGAUGAAUAAAGGAAAGAAUCAUUUCCGUACAUAUGGAAGGCUUAUGAUUUUUAUAAAAUACUAGAUAGUAUAUAUUCUGUUCCUUUCUUUUGCCGCUCCAGAUUUCUGGCCUUCAAAAGUGUUUUUUUAAAAAGAAAAGUCAUCACCUAUUGUGUCGCAUUCAUAAGUUGUGCCUGUAUUACAAUCUCCUUACCCAAAUAACUCCUACUAUUUUGUUGGAUACUAACCCUGCAUCUCAAAGGAGAAAUAGAUAUGAAUGGGAAUCCUAUUGCUGAUCAUUGUGAUUACAGACCUACUUCUGGACAUGCUGGUGGACAAAAAGGAGACACUUGUGUUGAAAGAGACUGUUUCUUUUCCCCUGCUUCUUACUAUGCAUCCAUAAUAUCACAUCUCCUCAGCCAGCCAGAACCUAACGGUGAACUAGAUCCUAGCUUUCUUCUCCCUUCCUCACAGAAAACUGAACUGCUGUUCCAAAGUGCUGGGAAUGGCACAUGUUCCAGGGAAGCCUCCUCCCCGAGUCCGGACUGUGGCUUGAUUAACUCUAGUCAGUUCCAUAAUGAACACCUGCAAGCUAAGAGGGCCAGGGUGGAAAAUAUUAUCCGGGGAAUGAGCCUGACACCAAACCCUUUAGUGCCUGGUAUCCAAGUGGAAGGAGAUCAAAACCAUUUAGAGAAAGUAAAGGGGAGCUAUAGAGAGAACAAGAGAAAGCAGAGAGUUCCUCAGCAGCAAAGUCUGCACGAUAUUUCUCUGGCAAGAGCUGGCCAAAAUGGUAUUCAAGCGGAAGAAUGCCUCCAGCUGAAAAAACAGCUCCACAUUUUGCAGCAGCAGCUGAAGCAACUACAAGAGAAGUUUGCUCAGCCUCAUGAGCUGAAUGAUUCCAGUCCAAGCCAAGGAAGUAUGGAGAAGACUUUGGGUUUGCUGAAGGAGAAGUUUGGACAAAGCUUGGAUAGCAGUAGUCAAGGUGUUUCAAGCGGCCAUCGCAGAGAUCGUUUUUGUAGAAGCAUCCCCAAGACGAGAGGAUCUGAAUGGUCAGAGAAAGGAACUAGAACAGCAGAUUCGCAUAGUCUGACUUCAGAAGACAGAGCUCUUUCAGAGAUAUUGAAACGUGAGUUAAUACAGGUGGUGACACAGGCUGUGGACUCUGUUUUGAAGCAAGUAUUGCCUGAAUCCCCAGACCCUCAGCCCCAUCUGCCAAGUAGUCCCACAGUAACAGCAUCCUCUACUGGGAGAGAAUUUACAGGUGCUGCAGCAAGUGCAUCCAGCAAAUGGCUUCCUAAGAUUUCUUCCCAUAAAAGCACCAUUUCAGUAGCCACAGAAAAACUUCCUGCUUUUCCUUCCUAUCCCAUCCGCUCAAAAAUGGAGAGAAAACCCUGCCAAGUACCACCCGUGAAUUAUCCCUUGGUCAUGACCUCUGAAGUUCAAGGAAACAGUAUUUUUAGCCAAAUGUUGCUAUGUGGUCAGAAUAGCCCUUGGGGCAGCCCGUCUCCAAAAAUGGUCCCUUCUCCAGAAUGCUUAGAUAGGCCAUGGCGACCAAUCAAAUUGAAGUCAUCUGUCAUGAGACACCAACGAUGUCCAACACCCUAUAAAUCUGCUGAAAUUGAAAGUUUGGCCUCUCUUCCAGCUUCAAAUGCAGAGUUGGCUGAAAUGCAAGCUAUGAUGGAUGGAAUGUACUUUCCUUCAACACAUAUCCAGGAAGCUUUGACGCCUGGCCAUCUGAAAAAGGCUAAGCUGAUGUUCUUCUUCUCUCGCUAUCCCACAUCCUCUCUGCUGAAAACCUACUUCCUAGAUGUCCAGUUCACCCGCUGCAUCACCUCCCAGCUCAUCAAGUGGUUUAGCAACUUCCGUGAAUUUUAUUACAUCCAGAUGGAAAAGUUUGCCAGGCAAGCCGUCUUGGAGGAUGUCACAGAUCCCAGUCACCUCAUUGUUACCAGGGACUCUGAGCUUUUCCGGAUCCUCAAUGUGCACUACAACAAAGGGAAUGAUUUUGAGGUUCCUGAUGGUUUCCUGGAUGUUGCUAGUCUGACCCUUCAGGAGUUCUUUAGUGCUGUCAGGGCAGGGAAGGACUCGGACCCGUCCUGGAAAAAGCCGAUUUACAAAAUAAUUUCCAAACUAGAUAGGGAAAUACCAGAUGCAUUUAAAUCCUCCACUUGCCCCAAAGAGCUGAACCAAGGUUAAUGCGCAGUUAUCAUGGCAACUGGUACAUGUGACUAUAAAACAAAGCUAUCGCUUGAGGAAGAGGCUGGCCAAUGUCAACAUCAAAUCUCCACUACAUACCAGUGUAAUGAUUGAGAUUGGACUUUGUAAAGAGCACAUAGUACCAUCAAUAGGCUGAUUACUUUAUGGAGUAAAGUAUAUGAAAGGCACUAUUCUGGGGUGGGGAACCUCCUCCUUUCCAUCUGUUGGUAUUCCUAAAUGGCCACUAUAUCCAUUGUCAGUUCUACAUGCUGU